GCGCUCAUGAACGCCGCCAUCUUGCCUCUCCAUCAGCCUCAAUCAGCUGGCAGUAUUGACCAGAAAAAUACCUCCUCUCGUCCUCCACGCUGGUACAGGCGAGGCUACUCUUCAUUACACAAGAUACAGCCCAGUGGCCUCCGCUGACUGGGGUCUCCACUUCGGGUUGUCAUCAGCCUUCACCCUCGCUACCUGCUAGUUGAGAAACAACAAUGGCAUGUUUGGAUGAUGACUACUCGUGGAGCCCGCCUUCAGAAGCGGAACUCAAAGUUAUUGAGGCCAGACGGGAACGUAACAACAAGAUAUCAUCCAUAAUGGGACAAUAUCUUCUAAAGGGGUACAAAAUGUUGGCUAUAACAUGCCCAGUUUGUGAGUGCAUUUUGUUAGAGGAUCGCAUACAAAAUAAAUAUUGUAUCGGAUGCAGUGAAGUUGAUGCUGACACAUGGAAGGACAAUCCAGCGGUAAGUGAAGAAGCAGCCAGAAGAGCAGUGGAAGAAAUUCAACAUCGACAAAAUCAUGACAAAGACACAUCACCACCACCAGGAAUGGCAGUUGCUUCUCAGCAGACUUCGUCAAUUAAUAAUGCAGCAAGUGAGUCGGUACUCUCUCUCUCUGUCCCAACGUCUACUUCAGAUCUAAAGAUUUCCAGUGAAAAUAAGUUAUGUAAAAGUUUAUUAGUCCAUGGUGUCAAUCUUUCUGAAGAUGUGGCUUCAGCUGUGAGUGUUCUGCGUGGGAAAUUAGCUUGGGCAACAGGCCAACUACAAGCCACAACAAGUGUACAUGAAGCUCAAAAUCUUGCUGAACUCAUCACAGAAUCCUGCAAGGCCAUCACUGCACUUAGAGAUCUAUAGGGAUAUUUUGUCAGGCACUAUUAAAGGUUUAGAAAUGUAUUAAUUUGUCUGGUUUUGAAACCCGUUCAUUAUUACAAAUAUAUGCAGAAUUAUUUUCCAGAUUUAGGUGCCUUACCUAGGAAUACAAGAAAAGCUAUUUUCCUGUAUACCGGUUUUCUGCAAAGGUGUUCCUUAUUUCAACUUCUACCCAGUUAUCCAUUCCUCAAUCCGUGCCCAUUGGGAGGGUUGUUGGGCUUCUGUUAGUAGUAACAAACUACAUGCUUUUAAGGGUAGUAUGUUCCCAUGGCCUUCCUCCUACCACCAUAACCUCCAUUGGGAAACGGCUCUGGCAAGGUUACGUAUUGGCCCUUACACGUUUAACUCGCGGGCAUUUAAUGGAGCGCUGCCCUGCUUCUUAUUGUCCAAGUUGCAUUGUCCUCCUUACGGUCAUGCAUAUCCUUGUUGAAUGUCCCGACUUCCAGGAUGUGCACGAGUCGUUUCCAGACUGUUCCUUGAUAGAAUCCUUGGGGAAGCGGAUACCUUUGAUAUCGUUCACCUUGUGUGCUUUUGUUCUCGUAUUGGCAUCCUUAUUUAGUGCCUUUUGAAUAUCCCUCACAUUUGAUGGUGCUACAUAGUCUUCCCGUCUUGGUGCCUUCUUUUGAUGAUUACUGUACUUACUUGAAGUAUUGGCUGAAAAAUUCUACAUGCUGACUGCUCCAAUUGCAGUCAGCAUAUAUAAAGCAGUUGCAUUUUUCUCUGUGAAACAGCACUAUUACUACAGUAAGAUCCUUACUAAUAAUUUAUUGCAAUUUAGUUUUACGAUUCCUAAUGAUUAUUAACAAUUGAGUAUUGUUAUGAUUCCUACAUAGCCCCACAACAGUAGAGUACUAGUCAUACACAACCCCUGUAUAGUGUCUUGUAGCACAGCAGACUGUAUCAUUAGGUUACACACACAAAUCACAAUAGCGUGAUGCAUCAAAUGAACAAAUCCACAAGGGAUUAAUGAAGUACUGUAAAGGCGAAAAGGUAGAACAGAUUGUUGACAGAGCCCGGGUGCAUGGGGGGAAUUGUUUAAAACCCUGGUUUGUGUCUCGGAGAGACUGCAGGAUCCGUGUGAGGGCAGUAGCACUCUCGGUUGCAAUUCUUUUACCAUGUCGUGGCACAGUUGAUUAAGGCACGUCUGGGAUCCUCUUGGACGUAGGUUCGAACCCUCGUCACAGCCUUUGUGGAUUUGCAUAAUUAGGUUAUAACUGAGGAACCUAGGUUAGAUCCUUGCAGCAGGGCAGAAACAUUUGGGAAAAAGUUUUUUUUCACUUUAAUACCAUUUUUUCACCUAGCAAUAAACAGGUAUGCCAGGAGUUGGUUGUGGAUUCCAUCCCAGGAAAGGUCAUUAAAUGGCUGUGAGGUGUGAAGGAUAGAUGAAAUUGUUUAUGUAAUAAUCUAAGAUGAGGUCUGAUAAAGACCUUUUGUGCCCACUGUAAUGCUUUUGCACUACCGCUCACAGGAUGAGUAUGGGGUGCACAAUAAACUAGCCGCCUUCGGUGGCAACAAUCAAAAUCAAUGGCUGAGGAAUAUUGUUAAGUCUCCCAGACUGGGAAACCAUAAAGUGAACCAUAGGUGGCUUGCUACAAUCAACAAACUGAAGCAACAUUACACACACACACUGGAACCAGCUCAAGGUAAACCACAUACAGACAUUUCAAUUGUUACCGGAAUGAUGGGAAGUACAGUGGAACCUGGAUUCGGAAAAUCACCAAUUGAAACACAUUUACCGUGCCGUGUUCCAAGUUGGAACACAAAUUCCAUGCCAGAGUUUACUGAAGCAGGGGAUGUAGAUUUGCUUUUAAUGUUGGGAUCAAGUUCACAGAGGGAGGCAAUGUUACAGGAAAAGCUAGUUGGGAGGCCAUGGGAAAGCCACUGUGCAUAUUUAAACCAAUUCUAUAGUUCUUUGUUAUUCCCAGUUGCAGAGGUUUUGUUAAGUAAAAUAUGGGCCCUUCUGUCUUUGAAAAGGAAAUUUUGAGGCUUGGGCAUGGGAAAUAUGAUUAAAAAAAUUUACAGGCAGAUUCUCUUGGUUGUUGCCCUUCAUGACAGGUUGAAAUUAUAUUUUUUGCUUGAUGAAAUCAACCUGUAGGGUGUAGGAAAUAUUAAGAAAUGAAUGGUAACACCUAAUAAGACUCCAAUUACAUUAUAAGAAGCAGAGCCUAGGGACAACUAUUGAGGAUAUUUAAAAUCAAAUUCUAUGGUUUGUUUUAAUUUCGAGUUUGCAAGGUUUUCAUCACUCGGGCAUGGCCUCUGCUACCUUUUGAAUUGAGUUUUGAGACUGGGAAUGUGAGAAAUAUGUUAGAUGUGUUUUUUUUUUUUUUUUGCAGACAGGUUCAUUUGGUGAUUGUAUUACAUUAUUGGUUGAAAUGAAAAUUGUGCCAAAUGAAAUUAGCUCGUAGGGCAUGGGAAAUGCACUCUGGAGAAAUCUCUGGUUGCAACGAAUCCCUCACUGCAACGAAAUGGGGUUGGCCCCAUAUACAUUAUCGAAUCGAGGGUGUACGCUGUUGUGUGCUUCAUGGUUAGCUAUUCUUGCAACACUCAGAUGAUUAAAAGCACUGCUAUAUCUAAACCAUCUGACCUCUUGCUACUUAUAAAUUAAACUACAAAUCGACAUGCAUGUAUCUGAAGCAUGUACACAUGUGCAUACAUAAAGGAAUUAAGUCAAAUUGUUGUGGAUCCUGUUACUUGAUAAAAGUUUAUGCCCUUGCAUAGCCUGCAGUAAAUAUAGAAAAUGUGACAAGAGUAUAUCUAACAGUUUAACAUUAAAAUUUGUAUGUAUGCUAUAUUUAAAUUAUAAUGUCAAACUACAUUCAUUGGGGUCUUAUUAAAGACCAAUUGUGUCCUUUGUAAUUCCUCCUUGUACUAUAAAAAGGCAAAUAAGGGAAUUCCACCCACCUGGACUCUAGGAGACUCGAGCUGUGGACCCUAAGUGUAUGAGGCCAAAGCUCUCUAUUGACCAAGGAAGAACAGGGAAAGGGGUAGUAAACUACUUGAUGCUGGCAACAACAAUCAAAACCAAGGGAAUGUCAUAACAAAUUUCACAGAAUUCCUCAAAUCCUUAAUGUACCAGAUAUGACGACCAAACCAUACAUCUGAAAAUGGAGAAUUGUUGUUUCGAUCUGUCAUGGAUCUUUAAAUUUCUUGACAAAUGUGCUCUGGCAAGCUUUGUCCUUUUAUUUUAUUUCUCUCUCCCUUUCUCUUUCUAUUACUCGGCUUGAUAAUGGUCCAGGAUGGACUGAAACGUCACUGUUCCUCCAUUUUCUGACGUGUUUGGCCCUCAUAUCUUCAGCAACAUUAGUUUGACUUAUCGUCUGCAUUAAUGUAUCGGUAUUAAUAUUGUAAUAGUAUUUUAAAAAUGUGUAAUUUUUAUAACAAUUGGUACAUCAUAAAAAUACAAAUUAUGCAAAUUAAAUAUCCAUAAAAUUAUACUUGCUAAUAGAGAAAAUCCUUAAAAAGGUAAAACAUCCAAUUUUACUUUCAAUAGUUUUUAUUAUGAAGUCUAAAUACGGUACAUAAUGCAAACAAAGAAAAUCAUAUAGACUACAUUAAAUAUUUUGCUCAAUGCAAGAGAUACCUGAAGAUUUUUGUCAAAAUAUUCACUUGUACAGUAUGGAUGACAUUUGUGGUGCAUUCUCAAAUUUAAAAGCUACUGAAGAGCUAAACAAAAUUUGGAAAACAUACUUUCCAUAUAAACAAAAUACCUUUAUAUAACAUGUACCUUAACUUUUCAGUCUCAUCCAUGUGCCAUUGUGUAUCUAUCAUUGCUUUGCUACUCACAUUAUGAUAAAAUAGCUAUAAUUAAUAAACGAUGAAGAACUCGCUCAAGAAAUUAUAGUACGCUACUGCCUGAACUAAAUUUAGUUACAAAGCUAGAGUCGUUUUUCUACAUUGUGUGUGUGUUAUGUGUAACUUUUGAGAGUAACCGUUCAGAGUGAGGCGUGUCAAAUAUUGUAGCAAGCAAAACACCGAUAUAUAUAUAUUUCACAUGAAAUGAGAUGGUUUAACAAAUUAUGCAGCAAAAAUUAUAUAAAGCUGGUGUAAAAUGUAUCUUACAAUUACCACUUAUGCAUUUCAAGAAAAUAUAAUCAACUAGAGCCAGUCAUAAAAAUUGACCCUGCCAUAAAAAUAAAAUUUAAACUGGCUAAAUUACAAUAAAAUUACCUGGUCAUAUUUUACUACAGUAAAGCCUUGAUUCUGUAGUUAAUUGCAAAGUGAAAUCCCCUAAAAAAGAAAUUACACUCAAAAGAGAUGCACAUAGGCAUGCUUCUUGUUCCAUUCAGUAAUGGAGAAUUACAUUGUUAUUAAACUGAUUACUAUACGUGGAUGUAAACAUAUCCAAAACAAGGGAUCAAAACACAUUCUCACGCUGGGUUUGUACUCUUGAUCCCAGGGACACUGGAAACCAUCUACUGUAACUUCAUGUUCUAAUUUUUACAGAAAAUAAUUACAUAUUAUAAAAUACCAUAUACCAAAUUGACACAAAUUUUACAUUAUAUAUAUUUAUAUAAAAAAAAUUGACCUUGUUCACUUACAUCUUUAUUCAAAAAUUAGUUUCCUUAUAACCAUCUUAGCUAUAUUAUCAUCCAAACUACUUUUAAUGAGCACUGCAGAACGAUUAUCACUUCAAAAUUUGAACUUCAAAUUUGUCAUGAUAUACAGUAUAUAAAUGAAUGAUA